UAUUUCAAAGAAAAGAAAACUAGGUACUCAUGCUUUAAUUUAUUAUGAGAACACCAAACGUUUUCCUCUCUGUUAUGUUUGUUUCGAACUAUAAAUACAAUGAGUCUGAAUUGUUUUGCUGAUUGCUGGAGUUAAACUUAAAUAUUUCCGUAAAAACAAUGCCGGCUGUUUCUCUGAAAGGCGUAGACUAAACAUUAGUGGGUGUGCGAUAUAUUGUAUUCAUUAUUAUCGCAGAUUAUAGUAGAAACUACCAUCUAGCUUAUCGUUAUCAUUGUGGACAUAGGCUGUUGAUAAAUGUCGUAAAUUGUUCUUGGAUUAUUUAAUGCGCCAAUAUUGAAACAACACUACUUCCCUGGUUAAGAAAAUGUGUAAAUCAUCAACAUUUAAGAUCAACAAAAUUAAACAGUGCCUAAAAAACAGUUGAGGAUUAAUAAACCCAUUCCAAAAUGGGAAAUAAGAAUAGUUGUUGCUCUUACUCUAGUCCACAGAGUAGUCAUAGAGAAAGAGUGUUCAUUCCUAUAGAAGAGACUUUACAUGAAGGUGAAAUUAGUACAAGCAAUUUACAGCAUAUCAGUGAACGAGAGACUGAUGAUGGAGAGCUUGACCCAUCCCAGGAUCCAAUGGCAAAGACCAUCUUCAUAGAGAGGUCUAAAACAGCCAUUGAGAACGGCAUGAUCAGAAGGAAAAGUCAGAACCAAAUCGCCGAUUUACGCCCCCUGAAGAAGAGUAGUUCGUGUUCAACGAUAUAUCUGGAUGACAGUACAGUAUCCCAACCGAACCUGAAGAAUACGGUGAAAUGUGUAGCUUUGGCGAUCUACUAUCACAUAAAAAAUAGGGAUUCUCAAAGAGAAAUCGACAUUUUUGACGAAAAGUUGCAUCCUCUAACAAGAGAUGGCGUUAGUGAUGAUUAUGAUAAGUAUAAUCCCGAACACAAACAGAUUUAUAAGUUUGUGAGAACUUUAUUUAAUGCUGCUCAGUUGACUGCUGAAUGUGCCAUUAUUACUUUAGUGUAUCUAGAAAGACUGUUAACUUAUGCUGAAUUAGAUAUUCAACCUUCAAAUUGGAAACGAAUAGUUUUAGGUGCAAUCUUACUAGCUUCCAAAGUUUGGGACGACCAAGCCGUGUGGAACGUCGACUACUGCCAAAUACUGAAGGACAUAACCGUAGAGGACAUGAACGAACUAGAAAGGCAGUUUCUCGAGUUGCUCCAAUUUAACAUUAACGUACCCUCAAGUGUCUAUGCCAAAUACUACUUCGAUCUUCGAACUUUAGCGGAGGCGAACGAUCUGACGUUUCCCAGUGAACCGCUGAGCAUAGAAAGAGCUCAGAAACUGGAAGCGAUGUCCAGAGUGAUGGCGGAUAAGUACACGCAAGAAGCUAUCAAGAACGGCUUGAAGAAAUGGUCCAGUUUGGAUAACUUGUCGAACGGUACGGCAGCGAGAAGGUCCAUCGCCAUUUUGUCGUGAUUUAUGUUAUUUUCCUUUUUAUAAUUCUUAAGAAGCAUUCGAAGCAUUCUCACUGUAACACAAUUGUCAACAAUUCACGUAAAAAAACGAUAUAUAUGCUUUUUAAAAAAGCGGUAGUAAACGACAACUACUUGGUUGUAAUUUUUUAGUAUAUAGGUACAUGAUAUGCAAGAACUUUACAAAACUCGUCGAUUUUAAAGGAUUUAGCUAAUAGUGACUAAUAUUAUUUUCUUCAUCAUGUGCCUCAUCCUUUUAAGGACAUUGGCCAUCAUCAUGCCCCAUUUUAAUCUGUCUGCAGCGGUUGUUUUCCACUCCACUGCUUUAUAUUUUUCAACCAGGACUUGCGUCGUCUACCCAGUCCUCUUUCCUUGCACUUUCUCUUGUAUAGGCAACUGAAAAUAAGACUAGCGCUAAAGUGAGCAAUUGUAGAACUAUAAAUAUUGACAUUGGUCAUUGGAGUUUUGCGUGAGUUUUGUAUUUGUUGAAUGUCGAAAUUUUUUUUUCUAUGCAUGCUAUACAAUGUGCAACUUCUAUCACUACUAACAUACAUUGAAAACGAAAAAUUUCUCAUGCAGUGAGAAAAGUCGGCCAUUGCAGUGAGCAAUAUUUUUUCUCACUGGUUGUCCUACCGUUUUCCAUAUAUGAUCGCCGUUUCCAUGGUAACAUGUACAAUACAAACAAUUAAUAUUGUCAAAAAAAAUGUGUUGAAGCAAAACUUACCAGGAAUUACCUUUCAAAACUGUUCAAAAAUAACAGUUAAUUAGAAUUUUAAAUAAAUAACAUAUAUAAUUUUAAAAAUAAUUAAUACCUACAUGCAUAUGUAUUUUAUUUUAAUUUAUGCAUAAAAUAUACCCAAAAGCACCUAAAUUAUUUAAUUUUGAAAUUUGAACUCUUGACAAAACCGCAUCCAUAGAAAAAGAACAGUGUACAACACAUGAGAAAAUGACACAUUUCUCCCUCGCUUCACACUUUGCGAUAUAUCUUCUAAAUAAUACUCACGUUAAACUGUUUUGAGUUAUUUACGUGACAAACGAUAAAAAUAAUUAUGGCCUUCUUCCACGUCCAUAUCGCUGGAACGAACGGGUACAACGCACAACGGGCCGUCCAUUGGCUGCUAUAACUGGCUGCUCAUGUAUGUCAGCUGCCUAGUGCGCGGGGGCCUAAGUCACCAGACAACACAUCGCUACACACUGACCGGAAAAACAUUCCACCCAGAGUUUUCGGCGCAAUUCACUAUGAGUCGAUGUGUUUUCUUUAAUCUUCCAACUUGUCAUUAAAUGCCUUAAAAAUAUCACUAUUCCCGGUGAGCAAGUACUUGGAGGGGAUACGUGAAACAAUCGUGCGCGAAUAGCGGAGAAAUAUUGUAUCUUUCUUAAAUAAUUCAUAUUGCCAAUUAAAAUUGUCAAAUUGACGUAUAUUUUAUACCUUUUGUCAUUGAAGAAGAAAAAUUAUAUAUUGCUCCACAAUAUUGAUAUGAUAUGCAAUUAUUAUAUAAAGAUAAAUUUAAUUAAUUAUAUAUUGCUUGCAGUAAUACUGCAUUUUAAUAACCAAUUUUAUUUACCACAUAUAAUUGUUUACGUUUUAAUAACAUAACCUGAAUCUUAUUUUUUCUUCUUAUUAUUUUUUUGGAUUAUGGCCUUGACAAUUAUCCAGCAACCAGGCUAAUAUGAUUGGCCAAUAUAAUUAAAAGUGCGAAUAAAGUUGCAGAGCGUAGAAACCAGGUGUAGCUUUUCCGAACUUGCACGGUCCACAUAGGUUUGUUCCAACCCGUCACAUUACCGUUCUUGAAUGGUUACAAGUAUGCGCAGUAACGAAAAAUGUGUUACUGCGCAGAAUUAUAUGAACAAACCUUAUGUUAUCAUCGACUUUGUAUUAAGGAUGGCGGUUGUUGACAAAUCACCGGUUUUCGGUUAUACCGUUUUUUUUACCUGCGGUUUAAUCUGGCGGUUAUAACCGGUUCAAAAAACCGGUUAUUCCAAAAACCGGUGUUCUGUUUUUUUAGUCAUAGCCAAUACCCAAUAGAUUACAUUUACUUUGCUCUUUAGUUUGCAAUACUCCAUUCGAAUCGAUAUCAGUCCAUAUCAGUAUUAUAGAAAUCAGUCAUCAGUGUUGUGAAAUCGGUUUCAAUCAGCUUAAAAUUUCUCAUUUACGCGCAGGAGGCCAAAAAUGUUACCAUUUUUUCUCUUUAUUAUUGUUAUUACUUUAAAAAGAAAAAACCGGUUAUAACUGGGACAAAAAACAACCGGAAAAACCGAUUAUUGCAGAGGUAAAAAACCGGUUUUAGGUUAUAUCCGGUAGGUUCUUCCCAUCCCUACUUUGUAUCUCUCUCUAUUGCCUUUCCUCCUUAUGGAGUAUUGUCCGCUCUUGCGUUUCUUAGCCAAAAGUGAAAGAUGGCUGAUUGAUGCUGACAUGAGUCGAUGUGCUACGUUUCCGUAAAGUCGCUGCUGUGUAAUACACAAAGACAUUAAAUUGCCGAUCAUCCUGACGUUCCGUUGCCGGCCGGUUCGGUAAAGUGCGCGUGUAUUUUAAACCGAAUGGUCUGGCUUAUUUGUAUAAAUAAACCAAAACACACUUGAUGCAAUUAUGUGUAUAUAUUAAAAUGUUACAAACCAAGUAUAUUUUUAUAGUUGUUGUAAUAUAUCACUAGAAACAUAGUUUCAAACAGUAUAAAAUUACUAUACCACAUUCUGUAGUUGUAUUUUCUACAGUUUUAUAUUUAUUUAUGUACAUAUAAAAUUGUAAUUUACAAUAUACACGAGUAUUUUUUUAAAUUUUAUUUGCUUCUCAUGCUUCCAAUGAUCUACCAAAGUAUUCCCUAGAUGAACAUUUUUUUACUAAAGAUCUGCUUUUCUUUUUAUAAUUAUUAUUAUUAUAUAUGUAUAUUUUCAAGAUGCUUGAUUUAACUCCAGAUAUUUUUUACAUUUUACAGGAUAAUAAACGUAUUUAUGUAUACAUAUAAAAAUAUUAAAUAGUGGCCUAAUACUAACAUCCAUAUUAGCCAACAAUUCCUAAUAAAUGCUCUAGAUUCUAGAAGUUUCCUAGCAUUAGGUAGUAGCUAGUUGUCAAAAACUGUGUUCUUUCAAUGAUCUCUUGAGUUGAAGAAACAAGAAAAUUCAGGAGCAGGUGUGGUGAGUAAAGGGAAUGAAUGAUGGCCAUGGUAAAGCUCCAAGAAAGAUUCCUUAAUACUCAAACAAAAGAGUAAAUGAAUUAAAAAUGUAUAAACAUUCUCAAUUUCUUUGCAAAACGAAAAUGCAGCAGCUGCAUAAUACUCUGGUUAAAUCGGAGAGUGCAGGAAGAGUCUAUACCGGUUUCGGAGAUCUUUUUCCCCUCAUCAGUAAACCCAUAUCCUCUUCUCUCCGCUUUAACCAUUUACCAUAGCUUGGGCCUUCCCGAAUUGCAAAGAAAGAAAUGUCACGGAUGAACAGUAGGGCCAUCUGCCGAAAAACAAACUAAGUUAUCAAUCGAAGUAGCACAGAAAACGACAAUAAAUAUCGCCUCCGUACCACCAGAUUGACAACAGGUGGAAUACUUUCUUUGGUUACACCUCCUGAGAUUUUCAAAAUUUAUAAAUCAUACAGGGUGCCGAGGAAAUUAAGAUGAGAGAAUUUUAAAUAAUUCACAACUCAUCUACUCAGUGUGGUAAAAGCUCCAACAAGAAAGAUUCCUUAAUACUCAAACAAAAAAGUAAAUGAAUUAAAAAUGUAUAAACAUUCUCAAUUUCUUUGCAAAACGAAAAUGCAGCAGCUGCAUAAUACUCUGGUUAAAUCCAGCCCAAGCUAUGGUAAAUGGUUAAAGCUAUGGUAAACGGAGAGAAGAGGAUAUGGGUUUACUGCAUUUUCGUUUUGCAAAGAAAUUGAGAAUGUUUACACAUUUUUAAUCCAUUUACUCUUUUGUUUGAGGAAUCUUUCUUGUUGAAGCUUUACCACGCUGAGUAGAUAAGUUGUGAAUUAUUUAAAAUUCUCUUAUCUUAUUUUCAUCGGCACCCUGUAUGAUUUAUAAAUUUUGAAAAUCUCAGGAGGUGUAACCAAAGAAAGUAUUCCACCUGUUGUCAAUCUGGUGGUUGGGGGCGAUAUUUAUUGUCGUUUUCUGUGCUACUUCGAUUGAUAACUUACUUUGUUUUUCGGUAGAUGGCCCUAGUUCAUCCGUGACAUUUCUUUCUUUGCAAUUCGGGAAGGCCCAAGCUAUGGUAAAUGGUUAAAGCGGAGAGAAGAGGAUAUGGGUUUACUGAUGAGGGGAAAAAGAUCUCCGAAACCGGUAUAGACUCUUCCUGCACUCUCCGAUUUAACCAGAGUAUUAUACAGGUGCUGCAUUUUCGUUUUGCAAAGAAAUUGAGAAUGUUUAUACAUUUUUUUGUUUUCUGUUCACCGUGUUAGGAUUUGAACUCGCAUUCAUAAAUAAAUAGAAAAUAAAUGUGUACAAAUAACAAUGGCAUGACUGUACCUAUAAGCUAUACUAAAGUUCGUUGAACAAUAUUAUGAAGAAAGCUAAUCAGGUGAUAUAAAGAGACAGAAUAAAGAAAAUUAAUUUUCAUAAAAUAUGUCAAUACGAAACAGUUUUUUUACCUACAGAUUAGGAAACUUUUAGAACUUGGAUAUAAUCUGAGGAGCCGGUCAAUAUCGAAUUUGUCUUCUACAUUUUAAGAAUUGUUGGUAAAUAAGGCUGCAUUACUUUUUAAGCGGUGGCUAAAUAAAACUUUUGGUUUUAUCUUCCCCACUGGCGAAUAUGACGUUACUCUUCAUUGCAGGAUUUAGCUACAAAUCAAAAAUUUAUUACUCUCGGUCGAAAUAAUUUCCAUACAACAUUAAAAAGUCAGUUAACUUUUAUUCAGUCAGCAUGGUCUAAAACCGAUGAUUCAACCAUCAGAUAUCAAAUUUUAUCUAUAUUAUACGCGAGAUGUGUCAAAAAAUAUGAAUUUCGCUCAAGAGUAAAGUACCUUUAUUUUUUAAAAUAUUAAAAAUUGUUAUUAUGAAAAGUUGUUUGGAAUUAAACAUCUAAUAUAUACAAUUACAUCCUUCUAACGAAAUAUUUGAAAAUUUUUCUCAAAUUACGAUACCCAUACCCAACAUCAUUUACAUUUAUUUCAUUAUUAAUUUUACGAAGAAAAGUUAUUCUUCAUAAAAAGAUCUGCACGGUCUAAAAUCUAGAUCAGCGAUUCUCAACCUUUUUGACUGAUGUACCACCUACAGUUAUUUUUAUUAUUUUUGGUACCACCUAUACUUUUAAAUUGUAUUAUGAAUACUUACUAAGUACUACUAUUUUAAUUUUUUCUGUGUUUUGUGUACCACCGCCAAUAAUGAUAUGUACCACCAGUGGUACAUGUACCACAGAUUGAGAACCUCUGAUCUAGAUGCAACCAUCAUAUAUCAGAUUUUAUCAAUGCUAUUAGAGGUAUGUCAAAAUCGUGAAUUUCGCUCUAAAGUAAAGUACCUUGAUAGUUCACAAUAUUUAAAUUAGAAGAAUGUAAUUCUGGACCUUGGACGUAAACUACACUAUGUCACAUCGAGCAACUAUGUUUAGCGUGUGUUUGCAACAAAGUUUAGAGCACUUAGGAUGUUAAUACAAAUCUGAUAAUAUAUCCCAUAAUUGGUUGAAAGACAAUAUGACGAUAUUUUAAUGAUAACAUAACCAAUUUGCAUAACAAAAUAAGUGGAUUGAAGGAACUUUAAAGUUUUCGUUAUGAUAAUGCUCGCAUUUUAGCUUGUUUUUCUAUAAAUUGACAUGCCAAACAGAUCCUCCCGUUUUAUACUUAAAGCAUUCAUGGUUGCUGCUUCUAAACUUCCAUAACAUUUUAUCACGCAAAUUUUUAGUUGAGUUAACACUUUUUUGCAUCAGAAACAUAUUUUUAUUAUACAGAUUGUAGUGCCUAUAUAUUGCACUAUUUGUAUUUGUUUGUCUUUUUAUUUUACAGUUGUUUUAAUACAAUUUUCAAUUCGUUUACACUAAAAAUAUAACUAAUUAAAUUAUAAUAAUUUCAUUUAUUACUUGACAAUACGAAUUUUGAACGAGACUAUAUUUUAGUGACAAUUUAUAGCUCGACCUGCAAUUGAGAUUAAUACCAAAAUUAACCGUAUAAAAUUUGUAUAAAUACAUUAUUUCGGUGUUGAAUGUUAAUUUAUAUUAUUUUUGUAUUUAAGCCUUUAUAUUUUGCACAUGUUAUAAUGGACAUUCACAAUUCAAAUGUAUACUCUAUAAACAAUUUUUAUUUGUUGCUGUAAAUUGUAAAUUUUUGUUUGCCUGUUCACCGAAAAUUUGUUUUUGCGGUUGUUUAUAUUUUAUAACAUUAUUGAAAUUUAUAUUUGCAAAACUUUAAAAAUUUAGUAAAAAUAAAAAUUAAUUCGCCGAAUUGGUGCUCAAAAUAUACUUUUCACAAGGUUUUUUUGUGUGCUGAAUCCAAAUUUGAGUUCCAAAUUGGCUCGGGUUUCUGCAUGAGCAUAUAAUGCCUGGACUGCGCGCUGCAAUCUGAUACUCUGCGACCAAUGAGACAGGGAAAAUAUUUGUAUUUAGGGUAGGCAUCUCUUUCUAAUCGUUGGGGUUUAUCCAAUGACGUUGGGUUUAUUGGCCACGUGACUUUCCCACUGCCGCCGAUUUGAUAAACCCCCGCCAAUUAGAAAGAGAUGCCUAGCCUACCCUAAUUACAAGCAUUUUUCUUUGUCGCACUGGUCGCACAGUUUUAGAUUGCACCGCGCAGCCUAGGUAUUAUACGUCGAUAGGUUUCUUAGAUAUACUAACCUAAAAGUGCAAAAAUAGUAUUGACAUAUAAUAUCUAGUGGUAUUAUACCUAAAACCAGUGGGACAAAAAAAUGUUUGUUUUUAGCAUCUCUUUCUAAUCAGCGGCAGUGGGAAAGUCACGUGGUCAAUAAACCCAACGUCAUUGGAUAAACCCCGUCGAUUAGAAAGAGUUGCCUAGCCUAAAUACAAACACUUUUCUCUGUCGCAUUGAGGGAACACUUUUAGAUGGCAGCUCGCAGUCUAGGUAUUAUGAUGUACAUGAUUAUAAUCGUCUUAAAGUAUAAGUCUCAAUCUUAAAAAUGAGGUUGAGUUUACUCAGAUAAUUUUUUCCACUGAGAUAUCGCAUUUUAGUUUCUUAAUUAAAAAAAAAACCUACAAAUCAUAUGAUAUAAUAUAUAUGUAGUAUAAAAGCCAAUCUAAUUUCAGAAAUCCCAUACUCAUAAAUCCUUAUUCCAACAACCUCAAAUCAAAUAACCCGAAAUCCAACAAUCUCAUACCUACACAUUACAAACCCAACCAACCCCUAGAAACCAUCCCUUUCAGUCCACAACAGGCAAACCCACCUACUAAGAUUAAUUGCUUAUUGUAAGAUACCUAUCGAAGUAAAAUCAUACAGUAAUUGUGUUUACUGAGCGAAACAAAACACCACUAACCCUAUUAACCCCCACAAGCCACUCCUUUUAAUGCAGAAGCAAGAAAACCGCAUUUUAAAGAGAAAUACUUACACUUUAUGGUGUUAGGCGUAUUAUUUUAGAAUAGAAAACAUUAGCAGGUCUACAUAACCUCAAAAAUUGCCAAAAACCAUAUACAUAUAAUACCUAGCUAGACUGCGCGAUGCCAUCUAGAACAAUCUGACGAUUGCGACAGAGAAAACUGAGGCUAUUAGGUCGGAAGUCUCUUUUAGCAGUUUACAGAAGUUAUUAGCACGCUCAUCGCUGUAUGUCUAUGUCAAAAACAGCUAUUUCUGCACUUCUAGGUUAGGAUAUCUCAGAAACCAGAGCCAAUUAUGCAAUUCGGAGUUCAGAUGCGUAUUCGACGUACCAAAAACCUUCGGGAAAAUAUACUGUUUUCUGGGUUUCAGGCUUUCAUUUAUCUAAAAUCAGUGGUUAUAACAUUUUUAAUGUUAUUUUUAAAGAAAAUUGUUAGAAAAAUGAUAUUCUUUAUCUUAGGAAAAUAUUCACACAGGAUAAUUUUAUAAUAUAAAAUUUGUUCAAACCAUCGCAUAUAAAAAGAGACUUCAAUUAAAUAUGGACUUAUAUCUAUUGUAAAGUGCCCACAAACAAAAAUUUAAAAUUUCAAUGUUCUUUUAUAAACAAAUACUGUUCAAAGUAUAAAAUUAUUUUACUUUCGACGUCGUUUUAGAGACGUAACGUUUUUGUUGUAAUGAAAAGUGAUUUAAUAUGUACCAAAGCGAAGUUUCAGAAUGUGUCAAAAUUAUUGUGUAAAAUGUACGUUAGUUUUUGACCACCGAAGGAUGGAAAGCAGCAUUCCGGUUGAUAAAAAGGUGCGUCGAUGUGUUCUUCCAAUACAUGUCAGUUUGUAACAAUGGUGGGUUUCCUGUUCUCCGUCAGAUGUGACGUCAUUUCCGUCGAUCUCGCAUGACAAAUAACUGGUCUUAAUAGGUUCCUUUGUUUUCUAGUGUAGCACUUUCAGGUUUAUUUCAUAGGGCAGUCAAUGAGGGUAUUUGGCUCCGAAUUCCAACCUACUACAUCGAUUUACUUGAUAUUUUCACAGUAAGUAGGGAAUAGCUCAAGAAACAAAGUCUACCCUAUACAGUGAUGAGCGCGACAAUAACCGGCAAAAUAACGCAAAAGAUGGAAACAUAAUACAUUGCAAAACAAAAAGAGAUGAAACUAGUGGAGGUGGAAGUUAUCAGUAUAAACGUAAUAAUUAAAAUUACAUUACAUAGUUUCCCACCUUUAGAAGUCUGUGACAGGAGUAUUUUAUAAAAUUCUACUGUCACAGUGACAGUUGUCAUACUCCUCUGAUAUGUCUAAAGGUGGGAAACUAUGUAAUGUAAUGUUAAUUUAUACGUUUAUAACGAUAAUUUCCACCUCCACUAGUUUCAUCUCCUUUUCUUUCGCAAUGUAUUAUGUUUCCAUCUUUUGCGUUAUUUUUCCGGUUAUUAGAGCACUCAUCACUGUAUACUUUCGUGCUUUUAUCUUGGGGGGCGGUUCCCACUCCCUUCAAGAGGGUGGAACAUUUUUUGGUCAAAAUAACUACGGACGUAGUUAUUUUGACUUGAAAUAACAAUUUUCAUUGAAAAAUAACGUCUUUUCGGACGGUUUUCUGCGAAUACCUUAAAAAACUAUAUGAAACAUUUUUGUAGCUUAUAAAAAACAAAGAGAUUUGAUCCAUAAAUCUUCUAAUUAUAAUACAAAAAGAGAUAUGGUAGGUGAAAAGAGUUUGUUUUUUGGUGCAUGCUCAAAUCAGUGUAUUCAACUUGAAAUAACAGAAACGGUCGAUUUUAGGUGUAUAAUGCUACCAAUACCUUUUAGGUGUAUAAUGGUUGAAAAGACCUUUAAAAUCGACCGUUUCUCUGUUAUUUGAAGUUAGUACACCGAUUUGAGGAUGCGUCAAAAAACAAACUCUUUUCACCUACCAUAUCUCUUUUUGUAUUACAACUAGAAGAUUUAUGAAGGAUCGAAUCUCUUUGUUUUUUUUUAUAAGCUACAAAAAUGUUUUGUAUAUUUUUUUUAGUUAGAUGCGUAGUUUUUGUGGUAUUCGCAAAAAACCGUCCGAAAAGGUGUCAUUUUUCAAUGCGAAUUACAAAUUUUCAAUCAAGAAUAACUCAAAAAGUACUGAGUUAUCAAAAAAAAUUAUAGAACAGUUUUUGCUUAGAAUUACGUUGCCUAGCCACUUUCGUGGUUAUUUUGAACAAGAAAUUUUCCACCCCCGAGAAGGGGUGAGAACGACCCCCCAAGAUAAAAGCGCCGUAGUAUAUAGGGUAGACUUUGAAUUAGGAGAAGUAGAGGCUAUUCCCAAAAUUUCAUUAAAAUCCAUGCAGUAGGAUAGAAUUCGGUGGUAAUAUCCUGUUCUUGCUCUCAUUGACUGGCGUAUCAACACAACAACUGUCAUGUAACGAUCAGGCUCUUGUGCAGUAAACAAAAUAACACAUGGAACGUGUUAUUUUGUUUACUGCCCUCAGGAGCGUGAAAGUUACAUGACGGUUUUUCGUUGUGUUGGAACAAACCUUUCGAGUGUAGCUGUGUUCAGGCUACACUGACUAGUGUCAAACGAAAAUCAUGACUCUGUCACUAAGCUAAGGAACGUUCUAGUCAUAGACGUAAAUAUAAAUCGACUGAGUAUACCGGUCGCGCUUCGUGACAAGAUCUCUUGGAUUGAUUGGUACUAUCUCUUUCUAUCACAUUAAAUCGAGAAACUAAGUCGGGGUAGAGGCAAGUUAGAGGAGGACGACUUAAUUGAUAAUGUCGCAGCUUUACUAUCUGUAUGAUGGAAGAAGAGUCCAUAAAAAAAUGUGUGUACUUUGUACUUCUACGUAAGAAGUUAUACUUCUAUUAUAUGAUUUCAACGAAAUCAAUAUACUUUAAACAGUUUAUUUAUAUUUAAUUUAACUAUUAAACUAAUUUUAAUACUUACUACUCUCCAAAAAGUUUUAUUAAAACAAUACCAAAAAUUAAAAAAAUAAAAGAAUAAAACACACAAACACAUUGAAAAAUGCCACAAAGAAAUGAUUUCUGAACAAUAAUUGUUACCAAAAUUUUUAACUAAAUACGUAUUUGCUGAAAAAAUUAUAUUAUAAUAUACUUACAAUCAUAAAAUGUAUAAAAAAAAAUAAAAAAAAUAGUAACUUGCAUUGCGCCACCGCGUAUCUGUCAUGUGGGAAUAUACACCAACUGAACGUUUACACCAUAAACUUUUUGACAGUUGUUUAUUACUUAUAUGAAUUUAAUCAAAUUAGUUUGAUUUUUGUGGAAUUAAAGGAAUAUUUUGUGGAAUAACAAUAUAGUAGUUGAAUAUCGGUAGAAAUUUUGAUGGCAAUCAAAUUAUGUAAAUCAAAGCAUUACAUACUAUUUUGGUAGAUUGAUUUUAAAUUUUCCGAAUAGGUAGGUACCUAUGUAAUUUUUUAUUAGGAUACUGAAAUAUUUACAAUUAUUACGUACCUGUCGCUUUUAAAAACUAUUUAAAAAGUCACUACAAUUAUAAACUUGCUUUUUUCUCUGCCAUCACAACAAUAAAAACUAAUAUACACAAUUUUUUUUUAUCCAUAAUCUCCAUAUUGAACAAUUAUUAUUGACAGAUGAUUUUAACACCCAAUCAGAUCCCGUAUAACGUUUGAGCGACUAAUACCAUAUUGUCGCUGUGCGCAUGCGCCAGGGAAUGUAAAAAUUCACUCUCUUGCCUAAAGAAGUAUAACUUCAAAAAGAUUUGUUCGCCACUUAGCUCUAUCCGCUGCUCAGUCUAUUUAUAUUUACGUAUAUGGUUCUAGUGUAGUUAACAGUUUUUAAAUUUACAUUAAAUUAAAAGAAAAAUAUAUUUUUUUGUAAAUAAACACAUCUGACAGCUAAACAGUUGUCAAACUCGGUUGGAUAAUACUGCGCAAGACGAGUGUAGAUAGCCACCCUCUCAGAAGCAGGUGUAGAUUUAUCUACACUGGUGUUUCACGUUUUUGUUACAGUUUUAAAUGGAACAGAGUAGUGUACCACUACACUUUGCAAAGGAAGAACUUAGUGUAGCACUUUUACACAUUUUUAGAACUCGUGCUACACCAGGAAACAAAUAAACAGACCUAGAAUUAUAUGCAUUUUGAUAAAUUCGGUUUUAAAUUGUUUUAAGUCUCCUAAAGUGUAUACUUUAUUGUUUAUUAUUUGUAAAAGCUAAUUUUAUUGUAUUAGUGUGUCUACUUACAGACUUCAAAUUACAAACUAGAGUCCCCAGUUACCAUUUAUUAGUAAAAAUAAAAAACUAAUUGGCACAACAACUGUCAAACGGAUUUUUUUCAACUGUCAAAAACAUGAUUUUGGAAAUUGUUUGUUUCUAGAUAAAAGCCAUAGCAUAAGUCUCUCAGGCUAGCUUCUUAGUCACAGAUCCGUAUAUAGAAUAUUUUUUAUCAAAUAUAUUUUUAUAAUUUAACCUCUAAGCCACUUUACACUGUUGCAAUACGGUACGAUUAUAUCAAAAAUAUUUUUUGCUGUCUUGUUCCAAAUUCAAUGGUUUACAAAAGUUCCUAACCUUUGCUUGAUGAAUAUCACUAAAAACACUACUUAAGCAGAAAAAGUAGCAGAGGAAGCAAAAUUUCAACUUUAUAGGAAUUAAAAAGGUUUGAGAUUGGGCAAAUCCUGGCUUUUCAACCUUUGUUUACAAAUAACAAUAUGAUAGUCGUGACGUCACAUUUCAACUGUCAGCCUUAAAAUCUCUUCGUAUUUUUCUAUAUACUCUACUAUGUAGAGUAUGUAUAGCAAAUUUCUAUUAAUGUAUUGAUACAUUCAUCAUCAUCCAACCAAUUCACGUCCACUGCUGGACAUAGGUCUCCCCCAAUUGUUUCCACAUUUCACGGUUUUGUACUGAUUGUUGCCAGUUUUUACUAAUCCGCCUGAUAUCAUCUGUCCAUCGUGUAGGCGGCCUUCCUCUACUGCGUUUAUCUUCUCUUGAUCUCCAUUCCAUCACCUUUCGUGUCCAUCUUGAAUCUUUCAGCCUGGCGACGUGUCCUGACCAGUUCCAUUUGAGCCUGGUGAUACGUUCUACAACAUCUGCGAUACCGGUUCUUUGUCUGAGAUCUUUAUUUCUUAUUUUAUCCCGUAGGGUUACACUCGGCAUGGAUCUUUCCAUACGCCAUAGAGACAGUGUCUCUGCUCCAUAUGUCAUUACCGGCAGCACACAUUGAUCAAACACUUGUCUUUUCAAACCGAUCGGUAUACAGUUCCUAAAUAUGUCCCUCAGAGCUCCGUAGGCUGCCCAAGCAAGAACCUUCUUUCUUAAUCUUCUUUUUAUUUCGCAUGUUUGGUUAUCUCUGUCAAUUCUAAUUUCAUGGCCCAAGUAAAUGUACGUUUCCACUAGUUCUACUUCUUGUUCACGUAUAAUCAGUUGUCCGCUAGGAAUCCGAUUAGUCAUAAAUUUCGUUUUAGAAAAGUUCAAUUUCAGGCCUAUUUUCCAGCAGAUAGCGUCGAACUCAUUUAGCAUUUCCUUUACUUCUCCUAGGUCAUCAGUUAUAAGGACUAUGUCAUCUGAAAAACGAAGAUGAUUAACUUUUUCCAUCUAUUGUGAUCCCUUUAUUGUCCCAGUUGAGCAUCUUAAAGGCAUAUUCCAGAACAGUUGUGAAUAGUUUUGGCGAGAGUGUGUCGCCUUGUCUUACGCCGCGUUCUAUGCUUAUUUGUUUGGUUUUAUCAUGUAACUUAACACUCAUUGUUGCCUCUUUAUAAAUAUUAUAGAUGAGUGUAUAUAACGAUAGUCAAUGCGGCAUUCAUUUAGAGCUUCUAAAAUUCCUAUCCAGCUCUAUCGUGUCAAAGGCUUUAUGAAAAUCCACGAAGGCUAGGACAAGGGGUUUAUUAUAUUCUAUUGACUUUUCAAUUAGUAACUUUACUGCCUGCAGAUGGUCGUUUGUUCCAAAGUUUGAUCGAAAUCCAGCUUGUUCUUUUGGCUGGUAAAAAUCUAGCUUCUUUUCUACUCUUGGUGUCACUACUUUUGUAAAGAGUUUGUAUAAGUGGUUUAGCAGGCUCAUGGGUCUGUAAUGUUCUAAGUCUGUCUUAUCUCUCAUAAGGACUGCAUUAUCUAUGUUCCCUAUACUGUAAAGUCAAGGUGGGACGGACUGUAGAAUCUACCAUGCAUCCAAACUACAAAGCUAUUUUGAGAGACCAUAGACUUGUAUAAUUUGGCUUCAAUACUUUUAGUAAAAUUAAAACAAAAAGUUUGUUGAAAUCAACUGUAUUUAAAAAUAUUUGUGAAUGAUUGUGUACACUGACAAAGGACCACCUUGAAAUUGCAAUAAAGCUGCUGUAGUCGACCAAGAAGUGAUAUAAUAUUUUUAAGUAAUCAAAAUUGUGAAUCAGAAGUAAUAUAGAAAGAAAUGGUAGCUAGAUUUUUGUCCCACCUUUAUAUGUAAAUUUAGUUACUUCUCGCAUUUAUAGUGACUAUUUAUAUUUAUAAAACUGUUUUAUAUUGAAUGUGUAGGAGAAACAUUUGGUGUAAAUAAUAAAACGAAAUGAAAAACCAGUUUAAUCUCAAAUUUCUUUAAUUAAAUACACGUAUAGUAUAUGCAAAUAUAUAUUAUAGAAUUGGCAUUGCAUAUGAUUUUUUUCGGGUUUAGUCUGCCAUUUACGAACGCAUAGUAGAGGACCCGAUGUAAUGUCGACCCGUACCGAUCUGUUUAAUGGAAAAAUUAUUUGAUAUGUAAUUUAGUAUGUUAACAAUUAGGCCCGGCGCAAAUUGAACCUAAGCGAGACACAACCUGCACCGGCUAACUGCGUAGACAGUUCUGCGCAUCCUACUAUCAGUGUAUUCGUUCGCAGGUCUCGCUUGGGAACGUUUGUCAUCGGCGUACAAUUUUCUUGGGCCGUGGGACGCGUGACUCACCGCCAGAUGUUUAUUUUAACUUUUUUUUGUUUGUGAGAUGGACUUAUCUGAAAUGAAUACGGAUGGUGCCUAAGUACAAUUUAUUAUGAUAAAUAAAAAUAUUACCAUAGUCAACACCCCGAGUGAAAACUGCGUUGUCUUUGUCAUUAAAUUCUGAUAACUUUUGUAGACUAAAUAAGCGGCGAUACGAAAUUAAUAAUCAAAGUUAUGCCUUUACAAAAACACAAUAUUAGAAAAAUAAGGUGAAAAAUUAUUCGUUACUUAAAACCGUGAUCGAUAAAAAUAUCGUAUUACCCUCAAAUUCAACUUGUCGACAUAUUACAUUUUUGUUUAUUACAUAUUACAUUUUUAUGCUUAAAAAUUAAAAACGAAAUAUGCAGAUAGUGUUAUUUUUAUGACCGAUCAGUAACGGAGGGAGUAUGACCUGCAGUAAUUGUAAAUUAUUGCGAUCCUGCAGUAAUUGUAAGUGAUUGUGAUACGAGCAGUAAAUUGAGGAAUAUGAGUUAUGACCGAACAGUAGGGGAGAGAUUAUUUUAAAUAUGUAGGUAUUAUGUGCAGAAAUAAAAUACUCAGUGUAAGAUAUCUCUUUAUGCACCCGCUUAUGAUCAAAUUCGAUGUUUUCGAAAGUCAUACCGCUACGACUACUAGGGACGUGUAAGAUAUUUUUAAAACGUUACUAGUUACAAGUACGGAAAUACCGAUUUUACGUUGCCUACUCAAUUCAGUACAAGGAUCAGAUACAUCAGUAUUUUGUAAUCAGUAUUUGUACUCAGUACCACUGAGAACCGGUAUCAAAAGUAACCGUUACAUGUCUGCACUGAUUUUGCCCGUCUCUAUUCGCCACGUCGAUAGCCAACGGUUGGGUUAGAUUGUGUUCAAUAUGCGGCACGCUAGAAAAAUAAAUGCACGGGUCACCCGUCCCGCCGGCGCAGGCUGUGUCUGGCUUAGGUUCAAUUUGCGCCGGGCCUUAUAAAAAACAAGGGGUGCCCGAUAUAAUUUUUUUCUGAUUAUAAUUAAUAAUUUAAAAUUAAUUUUCAACGAAAACUUUUCGUUUAUAAAUUCGCAAAGUCUGUUCGUUCGUGCGUCGCCGCUCCUCCAAUACUUAGAGCUGAUUUACCGAUGGAUUCCUAUGUAGUUUUGUCUUCUGAAUCCAAAUCUGAACACGGCAUUUCGAUAUCUCUAACCAUCUUCGAGAUAACCGACCUCAAAGUCUAAAAUGUGAGGUCACAACCCUUUAAUUUUUUUCUGAUUAUAAUUAAUUAAUAAUUUAAAAUUAAUUUUCAACGAAAACUUUUCGUUUAUAAAUUCGCAAUGUCUGUUCGUUCGUUCGUCGCCGCUCCUGCAAUACUUAGAGCCGACUUACCGAUGGAUUCCUAUGUAGUUUUGUCUUCUGAAUCCAAAUCUGAAAACGGCAUUUCGAUAUCUUUAACCAUUUUCGAGAUAACCGACCUAAAAGUCUAAAAUGUGACGUCACAACCCUUUUAUUUUCUGCCGACACACUAAACGUCAACUGAAAUUGUUGCUAGUAAGUAGGCUAGUUUUAAUCUGAAUUUGUUAAGCAAAGCAUAGCUUAUUUACAUUUUUGACACUUCGUGAAUGUCAAACUAAAUUUUAAAUUAAGUAUUAAUACAAUAUAAAUGACAUUUGAUAGUGAAUUUUACUAUUAUAUAGAAUAAAUAAGGUGUUUAAAAAUACAAUUUGAAUAUAUUUUGAAAGCAAUAAUUUAUUAACAACUUUAAUAAGGUUUGUACGAGUACACGUCCUCCCCUUUAAUGAGAGUACCUAAUGAUAAAUGGACUGUUCUAUUUCCAUCUAUUGUUGACGAUUCAAAACACUUUACUACACUUCAUCAGUAAAAAGUACCUAUCUUUAUUUAUUUCACAAUAUUGAAAAUUGUUAUUAUGAAAUAUUGUUUGUAAUAAAAAAUUAUGUUCUAAUAUAUACAAUUAAAUUCUUCUAAUGGAAAAAAAUAUGUGAAGAUUUUUCUCAAAUUAUGGAUACCAACAUCAUUUUCAUUUAUAACUUUUAUUUUUAAUUUGACGAAGAAAAGUUAUGCGUCAUAAAAAGCUCCUCAUGGUCUAAGAUUUCUGAUGCAACCAUCAUAUAUCAAAUUUUAUUAAUUUUAUACGAGGUAUAUAGAAAAUAUGAAUUUCGAUCAAGAGUAAAGUACCUUUAUAGUUCACAACAUUUAAAUUAGAAUGAUAUAAUUGCACAUUAAAACAUAAUUUUUAAUUCUAAACAACUUUUCAUAAUAGCAAUUUUCCAUAUUAUGAAUUUAAAUACGUAAAUAAACAAAGUUUUCGUUAUGAUAAUGCUCGCAUUUUCAGCUUGUUCUUUAUAAAUUAAAAAGAUUUCGGCCCGGGCAGAUAUUGUUUUAGAUUUUUUGGAUCAUUCGAAAAAAAAAAGCUCUUAUGUAAUUUUAAUAUUGAUAAGUUGAUCGUUUUCGAGCUUUUGUUCUUGUCGAGCUUUUACCUCCCCCAGAAUAUUUGAGGCUGAUCGGUUUCCCGAUGUGGGAUUCUGGAUUUCUCGUACCCACCUGGGGUACAUUUCCUCUUUGUUGAAAGUUCGACAUUGUUAGUUUGGGGAAAAUAGCCUUAAAACACUACGGUGACCAGGCGUGUUGGUGAGUUGUAGGGAUCACAUUUCCUUGAUUCCUUGUAACUGUUGUAUGGUUAUCCCGCUCAUACUCGGUCGCCAGAGCCUCGUCUGUUAUGUAGCAGGAGGCACAAGGUAGUUCUAGACCAGGGGUCACCAAUUAGUUUCCCUGACGGUCCGUUUUGAAAACCUUUGACACUUCCGGGGUCCGGAUUUAUGCUGCCUGUGUCUGAUUCGAUUUCUUUGUGGAUUCUUGUUAAAAAAUAUCCCCUAUAAACAAAUCAGAAGGGUGCUGGGCGAAAUUUUUGAGCAGAAAUUGUUUAAUAUUUUUUUAACAAAUUCAAAACAUCACCUUUUUGCCCGCGAAAAUAUGUUUUUAGCUUUUUAGGGUCAUCUUAAAUAAAAAAUAUCUGUCAUUUUAUCCAAACAUCAAGUUUUCAAGCAUCGCAAAUGCAUAUUUUCGCAUUUUUCAUAUUUUAAAUUGCUUAUAACUCGAAAAAUAUCAAUUUUUCAGAAAUAUGACAAGAUACCUUUAUUGUUUAUAAUUACCCAAGAAACCUAAAAAUACAUUUUUCGAGGCAAAAAAGUAAUUUUGAAUUUGCUUAAAAAAUUGUUUCACCCGGCACCCUUCUGAUUUGUUUAAAGGGGACAUUUUUGAACAUUAAUCCGCAAAGAAAUCGAGUCAGAAACAUUUUUCAUACGAAAGUGGCCUCGCACAUGGACUAAUAUGGAAAGGAAAACUAAUAAUAUCCAGAGGUGUAACCAGGAUGACCCUAAGGGGGGAGGGUUACAACUACUUGAUGAUCUCUGGGGGGUAUGGGGCCUAGGAUAAUAUCUGAUUGUUUUUUGGUUACUGUAUAUUUUUCUGUAGGUUUUCCUGGUACAGUAAAUAAAAUACAAAUUCAUUGUGUAUUGUUUUGAUGUUAUCAGUAUAAUUUGAAAACAGCAGUAUUGUAAAUUGUUACUGAGAAUAUUUUAAAAAUUAGGAAUUUAUAUUUUGAAUGCUACUGAAAUUUUUAGACAUCUUCAAUUUUGUAGAAAUGAAACUGAGGAAUUUAAAAUAAAUAAUCAUAGUACCAAAUGCUAAUUAACAUGUUAUCUUUUCUACAUUAGUUUCAAUGCAAGGUGUUUGUUGCAAACUUAUUGAAUCUGAAAAUUAUUUUAAUUAAAUGCACAUCUGAAAAGUACUCCUAUUUAACAUAUAGUGGAGAGGAAAUGAAUAUAAAAAAGCAGAUGACAAUUUUAUAUUGUAGCUUACUUAAUUUCAAAAUUAAUGAUUAGUAAGUAUAACAAGGGGGGAAACUCUUUACAAAAUUAAAUUAUCAGAGAAAAAAAUGACAUUUUUUAUGUACAAACUGUCUGAAGUUUGGAGUGAGUUUAGUGCAACUGAGUCUCAUUAGGGAGUUGAGAUAUUCAUCUGUUAAGUGAGAUCUGUGCCGAUUUUUAAUAAAGUUCAUUCUUGAUAAAGCGGCUUCGCACACAUAAGUUGAGCCAAACAUAUAGUACACAAUUUCAUGGCCAAAUAUUUUCAAAAUUGCCAAACACUAGGUAUAUUCUGAAUUUAUUGACGGUCCGCACAAAACUAGCUCACGGUCCGGAUGCGGACAGCGGUCCGCUAAUUGGUGACCCCCUGUUCUAGACUACCACUCGUGCAGGUGAGGUUGACUUUUGGAUCGAUUGAUGUAUUGUUGUUGAGCCCGAUUCCUUACCUCCCAUCAAGACACAAAGAGCCAUAUAGCAAUGCUAGGAGUAAAAAGCGAAACAAUUGGACAAGUCAAAUUGUCCCGAGUCAAGUUGUCCUGCGUCAAAAACGCAGGACAACAUGUAGCCAGGCUAAAAUGAAGUUUCACAGGUCAUAGCGCCAGACUAAUGGACAAUAGGUGGAAUACCACGAUACAACAAUGGAGGCCAUGGACAGGAAAGAGAGCAAGAGGACGGCCCCGGAUGAGAUGGGGCGAUGACAUGGAAAGAUAGGAGGAACACAUUGGAAACAGAAGCGAAUGGAGGAAACUGCACCGAGCGAAAAAAAUUCUUGACAAAGAAACUUUAUUAAUAUUUAAGAAAGAUCGACUUGGCAUAUUGCCUAAGAAAUAUAUCUUUGUAUGUAAGAUAUAAUUUUCUAAAAUAUUUCAAAUAAAUUCUACUAUAGCCAAAGAAAUAUAUCUUAAACAUGAUUGAACUAUCACUCUCUGGCAAACUUCAAACCCAUUUAUCAGAAAGAAAUUACACUUGAUGUUAAUUAAGUUUAUUAGUCAUAAAAAUAUAUUUUCUACACAUUAGAAAACAAUUCUUUCUGAGCAAUAAUAUUUCUUAGUAAGGAAUAUUAUUAUUUUAGUAUUAAUAAUUAAUUUAUUUAAUGUUAAGAAAUAAGUAUAUUUCGCAGAGAAAAACGUAUACCUAUUUAGAGUUAAGUGAAUAUUUCUUGAAAAUAAAGUGAUAUUACAUACGGCGAAAUAAAUCAUUGUGUUAAGGUAAAAUCAUUAUUUAUUAAUAAAACAAGAUAUAAAACUUUAUUAUUACAUAGAAAUAUUUUCUCCACUCUUAAACCACUGGCUUCUUCACAACAAUAAAAGGAUGGAGAGGCAAAUCCAACUUCCUCAAAUUUUCCUUCUUUUGUUAAUAGCACUUUGUAUAUCAGCAAUUCACUAAAACAAAAUCGUUAUGUAGAAAGAGUAAACUUACUUUAAUAAUUUUUUUUUAUAAAGAUAUAGAUAUUUAUUUUGACAAAUUUAGGAAAUAACAAAAAACAAAUACACGGCCCCACAUAAGAACUAUUAAUACUAAUAAUAAUCAAUCAUAUUUAGUUCAAACAUGGCAUUAUUUAACCUACACAUCUUUGUUUAUUUUUUUCUUUUUGUUAAUGAAAUAUUAAUUAUUUAUCUGUAUAAUAUUAAGUCACACAAUAACCAUCGUUUAGCUAAAACAAGAGGGAAAAUACAACCAAUGUAAAACAUUGAAGCAGACAUAAUAAUAUGUAAUUUUCUUAAUUUUUAUAAUCUAAAAGAGACAGCAUACCUAAUCAUUAAGAAAUUUUAUUACGGGAAAGUAUUAUUAGUUUACAUCUAAGUCAUUUAAUACAUUUUAACUAAUUCACGGUUUUCGGCAAUAACGUUUCUUAACCAUAAACAUAUAUUUCUUUUAGACUAACUGAUUUCUUUAUCUCAAAUAAAUUAACAGAAAAAAUCCUCAGCGUUGCACCGCCAUGUUUGAUAUAGCGUUGUAUUGUAUAUUUUUAUAGAAUACGAUACAUUCAAGAAACCUAUUAUAGUUGAUACAUAAGUAUACACAUUUUUAAAAAGGUACUUACAUGUAUGAAGUUCUACCAUUUCUGGAAGGCCCCGCAGUUGGUUAAUAACUCCUUUCUUAAUAUUGUUCUGAAGCUAUAUAUUAUAUCAUUCUGUCCCAGCUUUAAAUUGUGGCAUAUUUCCCAGUUAGAAUAAUAAGCUCCUUUAUUUCAGAGUCGUCCAUCAUUAUACCUAAAAAGCAUAUAAAGAUACUAUUAUGUUCCUUUUUUAACUAUUCGGAUACGCAACAAUAUUAUUAUUACAUCUUAAAUUACUCAAUUUACUUUUAUUUAAUACCUAUAUAUGUACGUACCUUCAAAAUAUCCGUUAAUUUUUAAAGUACACCAAUAAAUCCAACAUCCAUCUAUAUGAACAUGAACAUAUCACGCCAUCUUGACAAACACUGACGACUAAAUCAUAAAUAGUUAAUCUGCGCAAUUCUUUUGUGGAAGAAAAUCUCUUUGCAAGUAACAUUUAGUCAUUAAUGACAAAGUUUUUAUUUUAUAACCACAGUUACUACAGAGGGUAUUUCUGAAGAAUUAUUUCUUGUGGUUUAAAAUAUUUAUUUGAUUGCAAGAAAAUUUCUUGUUCACAAAUAUAAAUAUGGAUUAACUUAACAUUAUAUUUCUUAUACUGCAAAAUAUUUGUAGUUUUCAAUUUAAGAAAUAAAAACUUUAGGAUAAGAAAAUUAAAUUUAACCAUUAAUGUAUUUCUUAGUAUUGAAGAAAUUAUCUGUAAGAAAUUAUUGAGUUGUGUUUAAAAAACUCGUUUCUUUAUAUGUGAACCGGUAUGUUUAAGUUAAUAGGAUAUGUUAACUUUUAAGAAAUAUUGCUCAAAGAAAUCGGCGUUUUAGGAGAAAAGAAAUUGUUCUCUCGGUGUGGGGGAGCCUAUGUUCAAAAUUGGACGAAUUAAAGGGCAAAAGAAGAAGAAGAUCGUUUUCGAGUUAUAAACAAUUUAAAACUAAAAAAAAAUCGAAAAAUUACGAUUUUCAAGGUUUUUAUUUUUGUAAUCAUCAAGUACCUAAAUUCAAGUUCAAACCUUCUUAUAUUAGGUACCGAUAAGAAUAUAAGUGCCAUGUUUUAUUCUAAAAUAUAUUUUUUAACUAUUAAUGAGGAAUGUUCCUUAUGGUAAGACGGGAGCAGAAAUACGGGGCUGCAGUAAAAAUUAAAAAACAAUGUUUUAAAACGAAAUAAUUCCAAAAUACUUAUUAAUAACUGAUAGACUAAAGUUUGAACUUAAAUUUAGGUACUUCGUAAUUUCAAAAUUUUAGGUAUUUCGUAAUUUUUUACUUAUGUUUUUGAGCCUUGAAAAUCGUCACCCUUCGUUCUUUUUUCAGUUUUUAAUUGUUUAUAACUCAACAACGAACAACUUCUGCCCAUGCCGAAAGAAUUUUGGUAGAAUUUAUAAAAAGUCAUUUUUUUAAUUAUUAAUUAAUUAUAGUCAGACAAAAUUAUCGGGCAACCCUUGUUUCUCAUAAUUUUUAACAUACAUACUAAAUUACAUAUUAUCAAAUAAUUUUCAUCCAUUAAACAGAUCGGUGCUGGUCGACCUAACAUCGUAUCUUAGACUAACUAAUAUUUUUUUAAUAGCAUGUACGUUGGCCAAUGGCAUUCAGACAUCGAGCUCUUUUUCAUGGUUGAAAGGUAAAAGGUUGUAACCCACAAAUCACCUUUUUUUUUUUCAAGAAGUAGAACAAACGUCCCAGUUAAGUAAUUUAAUGAGGAAUUAACCUACAUAUGUAUUUUUUUUUCAUUAAUUUGUAGAUCAAUAAUUGAUCUAUAAAUUAAUGAAAAAAUUAUUAGGUUAAUUCCUCAGCAAAUUACUUAAAUGGAACGUUUUUUCAACUUCCUGAAAAAAAAAAUAAAAAUGUAUACCAUUUUUAUUAUUCAGUUGCAAUGCGAAGGCAAAACAAUCUUACUUUUCAAUUAGAUACGGAGUGCAAUCCAGCUCUCUGAAUCGCGAUUUUCGAUUCUUAUUGGAAUCUCAUCGGAGAGAGCGCAGGCUUGUUCUCCAUAUCCUAACUGACUAGCACCGAGAGCUUUUCCCACACAUUGCAACUGAAACAAAUAGGGUAGGUGACUAGCGUCAUCUGGCAAUUGAAAGAUGAAAAAAGCUGAUUUGUUGGUUACAACCAUUUACCUUUCAACCGUCGUUAUUAAUUACUAGGUAUACGUUCCGUAUAACACAUGUGUUACCUUUCCACAAUUAAAAAUCCUAUCUGUCUGUAAUCAGUACAUUGCCAAAUCUUUAUAUAGUAAACUUUUCCAAAAUUAUUCAAUACUAAACCUUUCCUGACACUAGGACAAAAGUAUUAUCUUUGACUACUUCCUAAAAGCACAAUAUACAUAUGAGUAUUUUAAUCAUUCCAGUUAAGUAAGAUAUAUUGAAAAAGACAAUUAGAAAGUGACUAAUAUGCACCACCCAGCUUGUAAAAUCACGUCCAAUAUUUUUUGAUAAUUAUGUGGGGGGACAAUCUAUAGGCCUAUUUUCAAUUUUUAUACUGUACUGAGCUUUGAUUAGAAAAUAAAAAAAUUGAAAUAUU